GGCGUCGACGAGCGCACUUGCGAUCCAUCUGCCAACCCGACCCUCCACCCGAGCAGCAGCACCACCACCACCAGCAGCACCAUGGCUAAGGACAAGACCCCCACGAAGGCCAAGGCCGAGAAGGCCGCCAAGACCGCCGAUGCCGAUGAUGACAAGGAGGCGGUAUCAUACGAGACCCGGGUGCUCUCCGUGAGCCCGAUCGCCCAUCCUCUGGCCACCAAGAAGCUGACCAAGAAGCUGCUCAAGACCGUGAAAAAAGCUGCCAAGUCCAAGAAUGUCAAGCGCGGCGUCAAGGAAGUCGUCAAGGGGCUGCGAAAAGGAAGCAAAGGCGUUGUUGUCAUUGCCGGCGACAUCUCGCCCAUCGAUGUCAUCACACACGUCCCCGUCCUCUGCGAGGAGGCCGAUAUCCCAUACAUCUACGUUCCCUCCAAGGAGGAUCUGGGGCUUGCCGGCUCCACCAAGCGACCCACCAGUGUGAUCAUGGUCGUCAAGAAGGAUGCUGCCGAGUACAAGGAGCUGUAUGAUGAGAUUCUGGGUGACGUCAAGGAGCUGAACCAAAAGCUCAUCACCACGGUGUAGAGCCCUCGGCAUCUCUGGCCUCUGAUCCCUCCCUCCCUCCUCUCCCCUCCUCUUCCUUCCCCUAUCUAAUCCGACUCCUGCCCGCCUCCAUAUGCAUGAUCACUCUCGCUAUCUCGCUGCUCAUCAGAAGAAUAUAUAUUUGCAAACGCGA